ACAUGCGCAACAAUCGAACCGGAUGGACGUCAUCACAACUCGACCAACGUUCAUUGUUUUCGAGUAAAACAGCUUUUCGACCUCCGACACCGCCACAAGAAAAAAACAAGUUUUUAACUAUUUUUUUGUGUGUAACUAACGAAAUACUUUAUUAACUAAUCACCGAUAAAGAAAUGAAUAGUCGCCUACAGGAGAUACGGGAAAAGCAGAAGCUGCGACGCCAGCUUCUAGCUCAACAGUUGGGAGCAGAGAGUGCGGACAGUAUAGGCGCCGUUCUGAACAGCAAAGACGAACUGAAGGAGAUUGAGGAGACCAGAGAGACAUACAGGGCAUCGUUCGAUGCUGCCGGGCCGAGCUCCAAGAGGAAGCCUCAGGUGGAGGGAGAGGACACAGAGGAGGACAUUGAGGAGCAGAAGGAAGAGUUGGAGAUGCAGCUGCCAGAUGAGAGCAACCCUUAUGAGGAGGUCUACAAGGACUCUACCACCUUCCUGAAGGGUACCCAGAGUCUGAACCCCCAUAAUGACUACUGUCAACACUUUGUCGACACCGGACACCGACCACAGAACUUCAUCAGAGACGUCGGUCUGGCAGACCGGUUUGAAGAGUAUCCUAAACUCAGAGAGCUGAUCAGACUGAAGGAUGAACUGAUCUCAACCACCAACACCCCCCCCAUGUAUCUGCAGGCCGACCCAGAGCACUUUGACCUGCGUGAUCUGAAGACUAAGUUUGAUGUGAUCCUGCUGGAGCCCCCGCUAGAGGAGUACUACAGAGAGUCAGGAAUACCCCACACAGAGCGCUACUGGAACUGGGACGAUGAACACUGUCUAAUGGGUAUUAAAGGAACAGUCAGGCGGUCUACAGAUGGGGAUUUCAUCCACGCCAACGUGGAUAUCGACCUGAUUAUUACCGAGGAGCCUGAGAUCGGGAACGUGGAGAAGCCGGUGGAGAUAUUUCAUAUUAUAGAACACUUCUGUCUGGGGAGACGAAGACUACACCUGUUUGGACGAGACUCUACCAUCAGACCAGGGUGGUUGACAGUAGGUCCUACUCUGACCAACAGUAACUUCAACUCAGAGUCUUACUCCUCCCACUUCUCAAUCACACAGUCUCACCUCUCAGGCUGUACGGAGGAGAUAGAGCGUCUGCGACCCAAGUCACCUCCCUCCAAGCUGAAGUCAGACCGUGGAGGGGGGUCAUCCCGUGGAGGUCGGGGGGGUCCUAACGCCGGCCGGGGGGGGAGGGGCCGGGAGAGGAACAGGUCCUUUAGGGGGGACAGGGGAGGGUUCAGAGGGCGGGGGGGUCCACACCGCGGGUUCCCACCUCGCUAGGACGGGCAGACAGAUUAUACUGAGAGGUGGUUGGACACUCAUAUUCUGUACCCUUGUCCAGAAGUGUCUACUCCUUCUCUCCUCGUGAUUGGUUGGUGCAGCUGUCCGGUCCUUUUAAAUCCACGAGGGGGAGUGAACACGUGCACACUUCAGGAGAAGGGAGGAGCCCCUCCCACCUCUCUCUCUCUCACACACACACACACACACACAUACACACACACACACACACACACACACACAC